AUGUCGAGCUCAGAGGCCGCCCCAGGCGCUCCUGCGGGAGCUUCUGAGAAGGCACCCGACAUCCACCCGGUGCUCCAAAAUGCUCUGCGCCUCUCCCUCAGCGCCAAAGAGUACCGCGCCCUCCACGCCAUCACAGUCAAGCGCGCCCCCCAGCGCCCGGGGAAAGCUUCCUACCCCCUCCAGCUUCGAUGCGAUGUCCCACUCGAAAAGAAACCCCGUGUCCCGCUUCAUCGUUCUCCAACACUCCGUCUUUCCUUUUCCCUGUCCCUCUUGCUCCUCCUCCACCGUCUGCUCUACCGAUUCCUCGUCCGACUUCGGGCAAAUCUGCGCACCGAUGACGCGAAGCCGUUCCGCGAGCGGAACCCGCGAAUCUCGCGUGCACUUACUUCACGCUUUGCCCCGGCCAUCGGCGCAAGUUUGGCGGGGUUUGCCGUAGGAAUCAUGCCCCAGGAACAGCUUCGUCUCACCGGGGCGAUUUACUGGAGUACGCGGAGUCUAGAAUUUCUUUUCAAUCUCGUGAAUUCAAAGGGACUGCUCGGGAAGCGCCCAUGGUGGUUCGGCAGCUGGCUGCUGAUGCCCGUGUCGUGCGCCCAGCUUUUCCAUGCGUUCGUAUUUGAUCGCGAGACCACGCCCAAGUGGUUCGGUAAUGUCAUCAUGAAGCUCUCCCCGAGCUAUAUUCCAGACCGACCGGAGUCGCUCCCUGCCAACAUUGCCUGGCCGGAGAAAGAGCAGAUCGUGGACUCCCUGGCAUCUAUUGCGGAUUUGCGCUGGCCGGCAUUCGUGUCACCCAUUCUGCACCCAGGCGAUCCCAAUAUCUUGCCCUCCUCGGUCAAGGCCAUCUCUCCGAUCACAGGUCCCGCACACCCAUCAAUCACACAGCUCUCUUGCGCGCUGCUUCAUCCCGGGGUACCAAGCUGUAGCACCGCAUUUCUGCACCACAUUCUGCUCUCGGUGCCGCCCCUUGCGCGGUUCCUGACGACAGUGACCCUGGCACUGAGCAUCCCCAAGAUCAAGAGCAUCCUCAGUCAACCGAUAACCUCCAUCAAUUCUAUUUGCAAGCGUAUUAUUGUGAUGACUGCAGUUCUCUCGGCGGCCAUCGGCUCGGCCUGGGGCAGCGUCUGCAUGCUUAAUAGUACCCUGCCCCGCUCGACUCUGCCUACCAAGCGCUUCUUCCUCAGCGGUGCGUUGGGUGGACUACCGUUCUUGUUCCUGAGCAGCAGCCGCAGUGUUUUCCUUUAUUUCUUCCGCGCUGCCGUGGACUCGGCCUGGAAGACUGGUGUGAACCGCGGCCUGUGGAAGGGACGUCGCGGUGGAGAUAUGUGGAUUCUGGUGCUGUCGUGGGCGGUGAUCGGCUCGAUCCUCGAGGCGAAUCCGUCGGCUGUUCAAGGUAGCGGUCUGCGCAAAGGACUGGCGUGGAUGCGCGGCGACGGAUUUGUCGAUCCCGCGGCCCUUGAGAAGCGCAAGGCCCGUCGCGAAUCGAAGAGGGCUGAGCUGUAA